AUGCUGCCAUUGUUCUCAUCUCAUGCAGUAUUCAAGAGAAGUGAAGAGGCGACUCAAAUCCAUACACCGCCUGACCACAAGCCCCACAUGGUUCCCUAUCGAGGCAGCCGCGAGGUGAUUUCGAUACACGUGGGUCAAGCAGGGGUGCAGAUUGGCAAUGCUUGUUGGGAGUUGUAUUGCCUAGAACAUGGUAUCCAACCAGAUGGAAGGAUGUAUGACUUCAACGAUGAGGAGGACGAUGCAUUCAACACAUUUUUCGCAGAGACUGCUGGAGGGAAGCACGUUCCAAGAUGCCUAUUCGUAGAUCUUGAACCGACUGUUGUGGAUGAGGUACGCACUGGAACAUAUCGAGAACUGUUUCACCCCGAACAACUUCUCUCGGGUAAAGAAGAUGCUGCAAAUUGCUAUGCAAGAGGGCGAUAUACUAUAGGAAGGGAAAUGAUCGACGUGGUUAUGGAUCGGGUGAGACGUCUCACAGAAAGCUGCAAAGGAUUACAAGGUUUCCUCGUUUUUCAUUCUUUUGGUGGUGGUACUGGUUCUGGUUUCCUCUCAUUACUGAUGGAACGAUUAUCCACUGAAUAUGGAAAGAAAUCAAAAUUGGAAUUUGCAAUCUAUCCAGCUCCACAGAUCUCUUGCAAUUUCAAGGUGUCAACGUCUAUGGUAGAACCUUAUAAUUCUAUAUUAAUGACGCAUACCACACUUGAACAUUCUGAUUGUUCUUUUAUGGCUGAUAACGAAGCUAUAUAC